AUGGGUGGAACUAUGGCUCUUUUUUGCUUAUCCCUUCUUAUAUCAAUAAUUGGAUCUAAUGCUGCUGGAGAAUUUAGUGUACUUCAUAGUCCAGAAUCCCUAAAAUUUUCGGGAUCUAGCAAAGUUGGCGAAAGCCUGCUAAAGGAAAUAUUUUCAGCUUGUUUUGGCCUCUCUGUAGAAGAGAAUUCUGAUUGGAAUGGGUUAUCUAUAGUAGAUCCCUUUAACACCCCAGAAGCUAUUGUAGAAGUUUAUAUUGAAGGCGUAUCUGGCCUUGGGAAUGCUGCCCAUCUUGAUGCAAAAAAUUACCCACUAGUGGUUGAUGAGUAUGAACCUGACACAUUUGCAGAAAUACGUCACAGACUUAAGCAGCGCUUUACUAAUGGAGGCAACAUUCUUGUUGAUGUUAAAUUGUCUGAGCCAGGAGAGUUUCAAUCAUAUUCUGAAGUUUUUGGAAAUGUAGCUCCACUUAAGGUUACCAAGCAAUCACUGCAGCACUUGAAGCUCAAUGUGGAAGAAGACUACCAAUUUCUGGCAGAACUGGAGGCACUAAAAGCAUUUAUUAAUAAGGUUCAGUCAGGCGCAGUCAGCCCAGACAACAUUGUUGAUUUCUACAACUUUAGAUUCCGUUCUCUCCACGCCUUGUCUGACUUCCAUGGACCCAAAUCAUUACAAGCUAAAGAAGCAAAAAAAUUGCUUGGUGAGGCCCUUGAAGAUCUCAGCAAAGCUUUUGUUAAAGCUUAUGAUGGCUCUGUGUUGGUAACAGCAGUAACUACUGAUGUAGCCCAUACUCGCCGUGCUGUCCGUGCUGCAAUUGAACCAAGAGAUGAGGUGACACAAGACGACGACGCAUAUUCCGCAGACUAUGCAGCCAUCUUCAACAUUAUUUUAUGGUUUGGUGUUGUGUUUACAUUCACCCUUGUUGCUAUAGUGUAUGCAAUCAUGGACAUGGAUCCAGGCAGAGAUUCUAUCAUCUAUCGAAUGACUAACACUAGAAUGAAGAAGGAUAAU